AUGAUUCUCUACUUUUUUUGUACUCCAUUCGUCCUAUUUGUAAUUUUUCGUACCUAUAAUCUCAUUAAAAACUACAAUGACGCCCGCCAGUAUGGUCUGCCAAUAAUCCUCAUACCAGUCUCAUUCGAAGAUACAUGGUGGAUGAUCCUCCGUCCACUCUUCUCCUGGGUCGAACAUCUCCCCCUGGGACUCGGCAACUGGUAUGUUUACACAGAAAUGGGCUGGCCAACAGUCGACGGCGACCGAACAACCAAAAGACUAGGCGAGAAUUUUGUACUCUGUUCACCAACCAGCAAUCAAAUCAUAACCUGUUACCCUCCUGGAGCUGAGUGCAUCUACAAGAAUCAUAGUAAAUGGCAUUUCCCACCGGCCCAGUCUCAGAUAUUUGCCUUUUACGGUCAGAAUGUUUCUUCCACGAUUGGUUUGGAUUGGCAGCGACAUCGAAAGACCACCACGGCAGCAUUCAAUGAGUAUUUUACGCAGGAGGUGUGGGAUGAGUCGACUAAACAAGUUGAGGAACGAGACUUGGAGGAAGAAAGAGAUCGGAAGCUAGACCGGAUCCGAUCUACAUUUGAUGUAUUGGCAAUGAAUGUGCUAGCGGUCGUUGGAUUUGGUCAAGAGCGUCUGGUGAAUGCGGCGACUGCUGGUCAUAAACAGUCUUUGAUGCAAUGUCUGGGAUCCAUACUCCAACAUAUCCUUCUGACGGCCAUAUUCAAUAGCCUCAAAGCGCCGGAUUUCCUGCUUCCGAAAGUACUUCAGCAGUCGAAAAAUCUUCGUCCAGCAAGCAAAGAGCGUCACCCAACUCUUCUGGAGGCCAUGGUCAAUGCCAACGAGGCUGAGAAACAACAGUUACAAAAGACAACUGGUCGGCCUUCGUACCUGACUGAAUCGGAGCUUCAUGGUAAUUUGUUUGUGUUCAAUCUGGCUGGCUAUGAAACAACGGCAUCGUCUAUGACGUUUGCCUUGUCGUUUCUGGCGUCGAAUCCAGAUAUUCAGAGUUGGAUUAUGGAAGAAAUCAACCGAUAUUACACUCCGCAGACCAGCCGGAAGGAGUACGCAGCUACAUUCCCCAAACUUGUCCGGUGUAUGGCACUGAUGUAUGAAACCCUUCGUCUCGCAAGUCCUGCCCCAUUACUCGUUCGAGGUCCUUCAUCCCCUCAAGAACUCCCCAUCAUCACACCCAGCGGCGAAGAGAGAAUCUUUACUGUGAAUCCGGGUACACUUGUCGGCGGCCAUUUCUACGGCGGACACUUGUCCCCGCGUUGGGGUCCAGAUGCACAUAAGCCUGUAGAGGGAGGCGUGCGGUUUGUACGACGAUAUAGUUAG